AUGGCGGACAGCCAGCCAGGUCAGGCAGCGCCGCAGGCGUCUCAGCAGCCUCAGGCUUCCCAGCAGCUACAGACACAGAAAGUGUCGGACAUUAUUCGUAGCUUUCGUCCCACCAGGGCGUUCAAUCGACAGAAACCAGAAAGCUCCAAAUAUGUAACCUCUCUUGAUUUCGACGACCAGGGCGAACACCUGGUGGCAUCUGGAGAUGACGAAACCAUCCAAAUCUUCGACAUCAAAGAAGGCAAAAUGACCAAGUCGGUGCCCAGCAAGAAAUACGGUGCCCACCUGGCCAGGUUCACACACCAUGCGCGUCAGGUUCUUCAUGCUAGCACAAAAGUCGACGACUCCCUGAGAUUGCUCGAUCUCCACAAUGAGGGAUAUGUUCGCUACUUUUCCGGUCAUACCGAUAAGGUGACCUCUCUGGCCGUCUCUCCUGGCAGCGACUCCUUCAUCUCUUGCUCCAAAGACGACACCAUUGCGGUCUGGGACCUGGGCUCGAGAAACAUGCAGGGAAAGCUGAAGCUUGCUACCCCCUAUCUUGUGGCGUUUGACCCUUCUGCCUCGGUCAUUGCCAUUGCUACCCAGUCCACGUCGUCCAUCCUCCUCUACGACUUCCGCAAUUAUGACAAAGCUCCGUUCUCGACUUUCGAUAUGGCACCUUACGAAGAGAAAUACACCCCGUCCACUCGUGGCAGGGCUUGGACUCGUCUUGAAUUCUCUAAUGAUGGCAAGCACCUGCUUGUUGGAACCGAUUACCAUGGCCACUUCGUUCUCGAUGCCUUCGAGGGCACCGUCAAGGCCUUCUUGGUUGGCAAGAACGGCUCGCCUGGUAGAGCAGCCCCGGUUUCGACUACAGGCAAGCCUCUCGGACAGGGCGACGCUUGCUUUUCUCCGGACGGUCGUUUUGUGUUCGGAGGCUCGGGCGACCAGCACGACGUUCUCGUGUGGGACACGCAGCAGGCUCCCGAUGCCAACGGCCUGUUACAGCCAACAUGCCGGUUGCCCAAUCGCGGCCGGACCGCUGUGAUUGAGUACAACCCCAGGUAUAAUUUCUUCGCUUCGGCUGAUAAAGAAUUGGCCUUUUGGCUUCCGGACAACAGCUACCAGCCCUCCGAGAAGUAA